AUGCGAAAGAUGCCCUCUCAUACAGACGAGCAAAUCAUAGAAUCUGAGUACCCUGACAAGGAUUCCACCUCGACGGAUACGGCUCUCAGAUACUCUGCCUAUGCCAAUCGAUUCAGACAAAUCUUCCUGGCUGCUCACAGAUACGUGGCUUACACUUCAGAUAUAGGUGAAUCGUUUCGUCGUGUUGCUCAUCCAAAUCUUGUUCGAUUGGGUUAUGGAAUUUCGUGGUCUUAUGUACUCGGUGAUGUCGGCUACGAGACCUGGAGGGCCCGGCUGAGACAGAAAGGCUCCUACUAUCCAGGACUUAGGCCAUGGGAUCCUACACCACCAGCGAACCAGGAUGCAGCCUCGCGAUACCAUGGCCUUGACUGGAAGUGGGUUGGCGUUAAGCGAGCACUCUUCCAAUCCGUGGCUUCCAUGUUACUACCUUCUUUUACUAUACAUUUGGUAGUGAAAUAUUCCGCAGGUAUUUUCAAAGGGAGUAAAUACCCCAGAUUACGUGCCAUAGGCCCGGUAGGAUGUGGAUUGGCUGUGGUUCCGUUACUUCCGUACGCCUUCGAUAAACCAGUAGAACAGGCAGUCGACUAUUUAUUUGCAAGCUUCAAGUAG